CCGCACGACACAACAUCGUCAACGACCAUGAAAUGAAGAGGUAACACUUUCAUACUCGAAGGGACCAGCAAACACAGUUAUAGUCGAAUUCGAAAGAGAGCAGAUUUGAAUUGUUAGAGAACUCGAUAUCGGUCUCUUUUCUAAGUGCGUGGUUAAGAUGUUUGAUCCUUUUGCAGGUCUGUGAUGAGGUGUUUAGUGCUGUUUUGUUUGUUUGUGUUGUAUUUUCGGACCGGUCUGUGCAAACCUUUGCUUGGGGGUGGUAGUCAUGAUAUUUGGAGUGAGGUGGAUGAGUCGGAUAAUGGUUUGGUAGAAGGGGCUUUAGCUGGAAAUGGAUCGAGGCUGCCAAGAGUGUUAAACUUCUUCCCGGUUCCAGUUGAGGAAGAAUGCUUGUCCAAAGAUGGAAGAAGAAGAGGAAUCUGCAUGAACACAUAUGAGUGCCGUAUACAGGGUGGCAGCUCCCAUGGAAAAUGUGCUAUGGGAUUUGGAGUUUGUUGUGUGUUCACUUUGACCUGCAACCAGGAAGUAAUCAACAACAUAACCUACUUCGUAAACCCAGAUUUUCCCGAUUUAACAAGCUCUAUAACCUCCUGCAACCUGACGGUGAAGAAAAUCGACGAAGAAAUCGCACAGUUACGUCUGGAUUUCAUACACUUCAACCUGGGCCAACCAAACAGAAAGACUGGAGUUUGCGAAGAAGACGUGUUCACGAUGUCUGGCGGUGAGAAUAGAAUGCUGAAACUCUGUGGCUUCAACAGUGGACAACACGCAUAUUUCGAUGUGGAAGGCAUAACCGGCCCAAUUGAGAUCACCAUGCUGCUCAACAGAAAAGCAGUAUCACGACUGUGGGAGCUCACCGUCACUCAGAUACCAUUCUCCCAACGGGCACCAAUGGGCUGCCUCCAAUACCAUCAAGGAAUGAAAGGCACCAUCCAAACGAUGAACUUCGCUGAUAACGGACGCCAUCUAGCGGAUCAAGACUACACCAUCUGCAUCAGGGAGGAAGAAGGGAUGUGCAGCAUCGCGUACGAGCCCUGUCAUGAAGAUUCCUUCAAAAUAGCGCCCAAUAACAACUCGACUCUUACUAAUGCGGUCGUCAUAGACGAGGUUGAAGGUUCUGGUGGGGGUGUGGAAGGUGUACAAGCCAGGGAUAUGCAGCAGGAGUGCGUGGAUAGGGUGAUUUUGCCAUGUGACAACGAAGAUCUCAUUAUGGUUGGUGAAGGUGGACCCAGCACUUGUAGCUUGGUCCAUUGUGGAGAAUCGCUCUGUCCGGAGAACGAAUCACCCUGUAGAAUUGAGAGCAGUUCUACUCCCUUCACUGUAGGCAUCCAUUUUGAGGAGAACUCAAGAGAAUCACCCGCUGAUGAUAAUCUUGGGAUGUGCUUGAUAUACGAACAACUUCCCUGCAAUUAAUGAUACAGGGUGAUACAAAAAAACCUCGCCGCAAUAUAAAAAGUCUGUACGAUAUUCCUAAAAUAAGAACGAACUAGUCAAUAGUCAUAGGUUGAUAAAAAUGAAACUACUGUUAUUUGUUAUUUCUAUUUAAUUAUUUUAUUUUAAUUUU